AUGCUGAAAAACAGCGAGAGAGGAUGGAUGCAAGAACGUGUUCGGUGUGAACGGCCCCUAACUGUGGCAGUGCUGAUGAUCAGCUCGGAGCUGGAAGUCGCUGUGUACACAUUUCAGAUCCGGGAGCUCUGCCACAUACACACGGAGUUUGUUACUUUACAAACACACCCGAGGAAAUCCCGGUGACUUAAACGAAGCACAAAAUAAAGCGCUAACGUGCCCGUGCGAAGAUGGCAUCAGUGACCGAUUCGCGUUUGCAGCCGUCACAGAAAGACGCGGCUGACCAGAACUUCGACUACAUGUUCAAACUCCUAAUCAUUGGCAACAGCAGCGUUGGUAAAACCAGCUUCCUGUUUCGCUACGCGGACGAUUCCUUCACGUCAGCCUUCGUCAGCACAGUGGGCAUCGACUUUAAGGUUAAAACAGUUUUUCGCAACAACAAGAGGAUCAAACUGCAAAUCUGGGACACAGCCGGACAAGAGCGAUACAGAACCAUCACUACAGCAUACUACAGAGGGGCCAUGGGCUUCCUGCUAAUGUACGACAUCACCAACCAGGACUCAUUCAAUGCUGUUCAGGACUGGGCCACUCAGAUUAAGACUUACUCGUGGGAUAAUGCACAGGUGAUUUUGGUGGGCAACAAGUGUGACCUGGAGGACGACAGACUCAUUCCGACAGAAGACAGUCAGAGGCUAGCUGAUGAACUCGGUUUCCAGUUUUUUGAGGCCAGCGCCAAAGACAACAUUAAUGUCAAGCAGGUUUUUGAGCGUCUGGUGGACGUGAUCUGUGAGAAGAUGAAUGAAAGUAUGGACAGAGACAGUGGUCCACUGUCCAACCACAAAGACUCCAGUAUGCAGGACAUGUCCCUUGAGGAACACAGUGGCUGUGCCUGCUAAAAUAAUAAUAAUAAUAAUAAUAAUAAUGAUAAAAACUCUCUUUACCCUUUCCUUCAACACUUACAGAGAACUUCUCUUCACCUCAUCACUACUACAUGGGAUAAUCUUUGAUUUUCUUCUUAAACCUAAAAGGAAUCUUCUAAACUCUCUCAAGUUGUUGGUUUUAAUCCUAAAGCUGAGAAUACAUAACUGAUGAACUCUAAACUAUGGGUGAUUCAUAAUUGGAAGUCAAGACAGGAUGGCAUGGAUUGGAUAAUUUUGUUUUGCAUUGGUUUCUGACUUCAUGUUGUACAUGACGUCCCCUACACAUUCAUGCAUGCUUACGUAGAUACUUGUAAACACAAACAACUGGAGAUAUGACACAAAUUUUAGACGUCCCGCACUAGCAGUUAAGAGAUAAACAUCCAUCCACACCCAUUCCCUGUGUUCUUCACCCUAUUCUCAACUGGUCUGAUCUUCUCUCUGUGCUCCUCUUGAAAAGGACACAAUUUGAAGCAUCUUUGUGGUUUUAGCAUCUCAUCAGAUACUUCACCCGUAAUGUUCACGGCAUUCAGCGGUCAGCUAUGUGUGUCUAUCUGGGUGGACAUCUGCUUUAAAUUACUGACCAAAACUGCUUGUUUGGUGGCAUUAUAAAGAUAAGUGCACUUGUGUCAUUCUGAUAUGUACUCAAAUGUGCUACUACCUAAAACUCUUGGAGCACAUACACACACAUUAAAAUUAAUUUUUCCGUUAAUAAGUUAUUUUUUGGUACUAUGGGAAUGUUCAUUACUUAUAGGAUAUCAAAAUAAUCUAAUGAAAUCUCAAAAAUUAAGUGUGUGUUAUCACACUGAUUUAUAAUAACCCUUUACUUUUUGCCUCAUUCAUGAAACUCAAGCGGAACGAAUUUCUGAGUGAAUAUUUCAUAAAAAACAUUCAUGCGUAAAUUGUCACCUUUAAUUCAAUAAAUUGUUUGUAAAACCAUUCAUGCAUAAAUUGUCACAUUCAGUUCAAUAAAUUGUUUUAAAACCAUUCUGACAUAAAUUGUUGCAUUAAAUUAAAUUAAUCCUUUCUAAAAGUAAUGUCGCAUUCAAUAAUUGUUCGUAAAACCAUUCUUGCGUAAGCUGUCGCAUCCAAUUUAAUGAAUUGUUCGUAAAACCUUUGACAAACUGUUGCAUUUAAUUCAGUGAUUUGUUUCUAAAAACAUUUAUAUGUAAAUUGUUGCAUUAAAUGCAAUAAUCGUUUAUACAACCUUGUUACAUUCAGUUCAAUAAAUUGUUCAUACAACCAUUCUGACAUAAAUUGCUACAUUCAAUAUAAUAAAUACUUAUAAAACUAUUCUUAUGUAAAUUGUCGCAUUAAAUUCAAUAAUUGCUCGUAGAACCAUUGUUCAGUUCGUUAAAUAAUUCAUCAAACUAUUAUUUUUUGUUGUUGUGAUUUUCUCCCCUUUUCUCCUCAAAUGCCUAAUUCCCAAUGCGCUCUAAGUCCUCAUGGUGGCGUAGUGACUCACCUCAAUCCGGGUGGUGGAGGUUGCCUCCGCGUCUGAGACCGUCAAUCCACGCAUCUUAUCACGUGGCUUGUUGAGCGCAUUACUGCGGAGACCUAUUGCGUGUGGAGGCUUCAUGCUAUUCCCUGCGGCAUCCACGCACAACUCACCAUGCGCCCCACCGAGAGCGAGAACCACAUUAUAGUGACCAUGAGGAGGUUACCCCAUGUGACUCUACCCUCCCUAGCAACCGGGCCAAUUUGGUUGCUUAGGAAGCCUGGCUGGAGUCACUCAGCACGCCCUGGAUUCACAUUCGCGACUCCAGGGGUGGUAGUCAGCGUCAAUACUCGCUGAGCUUCCCAGGCCCCCCAUCAUUGUUAUAUUCAGUUCAAUAAAUUGCUUUUAUAACCAUUCUAACAUAAAUUGCUACAUUCAAUUCAAUAAAUUGUUUAGAAAACCUUUCAUACGAAAAUAGUCACAUUCAAUUUAAUGCGACAAUUUGUGAACAUUUUUCUCAAAACAUUUUACUCGGGGUUCAGUAGCCUUUUUGGUUCUGAAUUCCUGCUUAUUUGAUAGAGUUUUACAUGUAAAUUUAAUCAGAGAUGUUAAUAUCUGAAGUAUCACAGGCUGCUCGUUAAUUGUAGUUAAGUUCAAGUUAAGCACUAGAGAUCUCAGAAGGUUCAUUCUGUCUCCCCUCGUCUUUAACUGUUGAUUUUUCUUUUGACUUAAUGGAGCUAUGUGACUCAAUGCCUCACUUGUGUUACAGUAUGAAUCAUGAGAUAGGAGAUUUUUGUGUAACAAAUUGCACAAUGCAUUACAGAAAAGGUUAGGAAUUGGGAGUCUUUCUGUAUAUAUUAUUUGUCUUUUGCACAAUGUUGUAAUUUUAUUUCUUUACUUAAGUUGUCUUAUCACAAAUAUCAUUGUUCCAUUCAUUUCUUUAAUGACUUUCUUUAAAUGGCUUCUGUUAUGUAACAUAUGAUGUAACCACUCUGACUUUGGACAUAGUUUCAGUGUUUCUAUAUUGAAAAUGGGUGAAUUUCACCAAGAAAUAUCCAGUUCAUUUUUUCCUUCCCUGAAUCAAAAACGCAUAAUAAAUUAUAUUUUGCAUGAUGGAAAUUAAGCCUUUUUUUUUUUUUUUUUUGACAGUUUUUGUGAGAUUCACUAUAACGCCCUUGUAAGACAAAUGUUGUAUUAUUUGGAUUGUUUGUAGAAUUAACUCAACAUUACAAUGGACACAGCAGAAUUGAGUGUUAGCCGUCUAAGACAUUUGUCUUUCUCUAUCCACACACUGUUGGUUGGCUGUUCGUUAUGUCCAGUGAUAUCUCUGAGUCAGAGAUAGAGGCCUCACAUGUCAUACUAAAGCCUUUUCCCGCGUGUUUUUGUCUUGUCGGAUGAUAUCAAGCCAUUUUUCUGUUCUGUAUGCCAGAGGCGAUUUUUAACUCUGUAAUAUGUCUUGAUACGACUCCACCCACCCAUGCAUUGUUAAAAUACAAAAUUCUUCUGUCAUAUAUACUAUAUUAUAUGUGCAACACUAAGGGCUGUUGUGUAAGAAUGAUAAGUACUGUAUUAGUUUAAGUUGCUUCCCUUUGUGUUAUCAGUGUCUGUUCUGUAGCUUCAGUACCCUUAUACAAGAUUUAGUCUUUGUGCUUUUCGCUGCUCUUUUCUUUGAGAUUCAUUAAAAGAUACACGUUGUAUAUUAUUUAGAUAACAAAUCAACAACAACAAAAAGUUUGCCAAAUUAAAAUGAACUAA